UCUCUGCAUUUACAGAGUGUAUACAUAACCUCAAAUUGUUGUAGUACAUCAUGAUCAUUAUAAUACUCUAUGCAAAUAAAGAAUUAUAUUAAAAAUUCUAGUAUGCGUCCACAAAAAUUUAAAUUCCCAUACAAUUUGGAAAGUUUGGCAAAUACAGACAAAAGAGUUGUCAUUGUUUCUGUAUUUGGAAAAUCCCGAUUUCGUGCGAAAGGAUGCAAAACGGGAAUGUUAAGUUCUGUCCUCCAGGUGGACCUCCUGGAUGAGCCAACUAUUGAUGAACCAUCUUUGUGCGAAAUAGAAGGUUAUCACGACGUAAAAGAGAGAAUUAUCUAUUUGCACCUCAAGGGAUUUCUUGAUACUUGUACACUUGUUAACGAGUACGAUCAAUUCAUAGAAAAUCAGGAACGCAAAGAUUUUCUCAGUGCAUGGGCACGUAUGAGAGAUAAGUAUGCAAGAGGCUUACUUGUUCUCUUCCACGUAUCUCACAUCCUUGUACUAAGUCAUCCUACGCAUACAUUUGACAACAGUUACGUUCACUUAUUCAGGGCUCUGGACAUACUCAGGCAGAAAGUUUCGUUGCCACUGGCAGAUAUUCUCAGCUCUGUUCCUGGUUUAUCGAAAGACUGGAUAUCAAACGUGAGACCUUGCUCACCUCGAGUUCUCUUUUACUUUGAGACUUGUCCUAAUCUUUUUCGCGAUCUGGAAAGUGGAGCGAAUAUUAAGAAAUUAGAACAUUCAUUGGAGGACCAAAUUUAUCACGUAUUGAGGAAAAAUAGAAUUGUUACGAAUGUUAGUUCAAAUUCGUUAUUUGCUAUACCAGCGAAUCAGGAAUUUGUCUUCGUUUACACUGGCCCCACCGAAUCUCGAGAUAUUCUAGGCUACAUGACUCGAAAACUUAUUCAGAGCUGCAAAGUCAGUUCUAGUACCACUACUUCCAGGAGCCUUGCUAGUCUGGAUUCAAAUUUGAAUUCUCCUGAAUCAGAAGCUGAUGCUCAUACAUUUAACGUUUUCUUACAACAGCACAUAACUCUCGCAUUUGCCAGAGGCUUUGACGAUAACGUCGGACGCCAUACAGCUCCUGCACAUUUUGAAAUUCCCAAUCUUCGUACAUUUUUCGAUGUUGCGAACAAACUAUAUAAUUUUUUCAUAAAUGGCACUGAUAAAGAAUUGUCACACCUGUGUAAUCUGUUGGAUACGGACGUAAAGUUCAGUAAAAGUAGAUGCAGCAAAGUUUUGCCACGAGCUUUGCAAACCUACCAAGAAAAUCUUCCCCAACAUUACACGAGGGCAUACCACGAAACAAAACUUGCCCAUGCAAUGGCGGUGUUUGAAAUGCACGCACGGGGACCUUUAUUCGAAGAGUUCAGUGAAAAAUUACAGGAAGAAUGCGAUAAACACUGGAAAUCAGGCAGACAAAUGUGCGAAGUCCUUUCUUUAACAGGCAAUCCUUGUACAAAUCCGAUUCACAAAGGUGGCAGCGAAGGUGCAGGUGGAGGCGAACAAACUGAGGCCAGAGAUGACGACAGCGAAAUGCCGGUUAUGGAGCAUUGCAGUGGAGUGAGAUACGUCUGCGCUUGCAAUUGUGGACGAUGCCAAGGUCCUCGAGAGGAUCCGUUUAGUUUACGACAAGCCAACUACGAUUUCUUUCAAAUGCUCGCAAAGCAGUGUGGAUGUUCGCAGCUUGAAAACAUACCUUUUCCUAUUUUUCAACCAAGCACCCAUAAUUUCAGAGCCGCGCAGUUGUUCUCAACUACAAAUCGUAAAGACUCUAUUAGCCGUGUCGAAUUGUCCACACCGCAAGGGCACACGCAAGUUUGCAGCUUAGGAGUUGGAACAAUAAAUGACAACAUUACUGUUUAUGGAAGUGGAGGUCAAUCGCCUCCUACGAGUGAUCCGGUUGGCGAAGAAACUCAGAGACUCAGUAACAAAACGAGCCUCACCCCGAGCGAAAGUCACAAAGUUGUCAUCGAGGUAUCAGAUGUUGAUUCUGAAAAUUUAAAAGAAAAAUCUCUGGUUAGACAACCAUCAACAACGGAAUAUCUACCAGGAAUGUUGCACACGGAAUCUCCAGCUGGACUCUUGCCACAAUUUUCGACUUGGUCGCUAGUGUGCCUUGGUCCUAGCAGUCUUUACUCUCACAAUUUAGGUUUGCAACAUCAGGCGGGAGUUCUAGCCAAUUCAGCCUUUCUCUUGCCCUGGGAUGUAACCGUCAGACUGGAACAUCAAAAGGACAAAGGCUCGCUCUGGCCAGCAAUGAACGACCAUGGUCAACACGGUUAUUGCCCUCGAGGAAAGAGCUUCCAGAAUCCAAAUGCGAUACGAGGUCGAAAGUCGAAAGGAGGAAAAGAAUUUGUGGUGAAGAUAUUUGUCGGGGUUGAAUACGAAUGUCCUCGUGGACACAGAUUUAUGGCCUCAGCACCUGAUAAGGUGUUGAAAGCCACAGGAAAUGGAAUUGUUAAAGACAGUGGAAAUAAGGUGACUUCAAGCACCGCAGAUAUGCCACUGUAUUUUCCUUGUCCUUGCAGGCUACCAAAGCCACUGAUUGCACAGCUUAUGAGGAUUCAUGUUGUCACGCCCAAAGCGCCCGUACAUGUUACUUUAAAUCCAAGAGUUCAACCAGGUCUUUCACCUUGUCCUGUCUUUGUGACCGGAUGCGAGGAACCGAUAAAACUUUCUCAGAGUGCUUACUGGGUUCUGAGAUUACCUUACGUCUACAUGGGAGAUAAAGGACCAUAUCUGGCUCCAAAGGAACCAGUACCGAUAUCUCACGGAAGAUUACUAGCUGGAAUGUAUGGAAUCAGUGAAGUUGUCCCAGAAAAAAAGUAGAAAAUUUAUAGUCUUUGGGCCGUUUGUUCAAAAUACACUGUGUAUAUUAGUAUGAUGACUUAAUUUUUUUCAAUUUAUUGUUUUUAGCGAAUAAAUUCAAUUAUGUACAUUUUAUUUUCUGAGACUUAAUGAGUAGAAUU